AUGAGAAUACUUAUUAUCGGCGGUACUGGCAUGAUAGGUGGCCAUGCGGCUUUACACCUUCAGUCCAAAGGAAACGAAAUAACUAUCGCUGGUCGUCGAGGUCCUAGCGAAGUCCCUGGUCUGGCUGAACUCCCUUUUAUUAAAGGAAGCUAUCUACAGGGAGAAAUCGGCCAGGAGCAGCUAUCUCAAUUCGACGCUGUUGUCUUUGCGGCAGGUAGCGAUGUUCGCCACGUCCCAGAAGAUCAGCACGCGGAUCAGCACUACCUUUACGCCAAUGGACAAGCCAUACCAGCCUUUUCCCAGCUCGCCCGACAGGCAGGUGUUAAGAAGUUCGUUCACAUCGGCAGCGCCUACCCACACGUUAUACCGGAGUCAAUCGGCUCGAGUCCAUACGUCCGCUCGAGAAAGCUGGCUGCAGACGGAGUGAAGGCACUGGCUACCCCAGAGUUCCACGCCUGCAGUCUUGAUCCGCCUAUUGUCGUUGGCAAUAUUCCGGGCAUGACCAUACCUAUGUUCCGGGCAUACAUCGAUUAUGCAAACGGCGAAUUACCAAUCCCUUCGUUUGCUCCAGUAGGGGGAUUCAACUUCAUUUCCACCCAGUCUUUGUCCGAAGCUAUUGCUGGAGCACUUGAGAACAGCCAUGCCGUAUCAGGAAAGGCUAUCUUGCUGGGAGAUCAGAACAUGACCUAUGCGGAGUACUUUGAGAUGUUCUUCCAGGCUGUUGGAAACCCUCAGAAGCUGAAAGUACUGGAUCAAGAUCAUCCACUGAUGCCUCGAGCAACCCUUUACGCAGGCGACAGGGUAGUCGAAUAUGACCCCGACCCGGUGCAGUUAGCAGCCCUGGGAGGAUAUCGCCGCAACGAUAUCAAGAGCGCGGUCACUGAGAUAGUAUUUGGAUAUUGUCACGCUCGAAAAGCAAGCAAUGAAUAA